CCACCACACAGACCCCUGGGCAGUAACUGCAAGGUGAAAAGCUUUUGGUUAUCCACUUCUCUGAAUCUAUUUCCUGACUAUAUAUUCGAAAGGGGCACAAGAGAGUUCGUAUGUGAACACAGGUCUUGUUUGGUUAGGCUGUGUAUGCAAGUGUGACAGGAAACUACAUAUCCUCUGCUAUGGCAUCUGUGACAUCCUCCAGCCGCAGAUCCUCCUCGUCCUACCGCUCCUCGUCACGUUACAGCAGCUCCAGCUCCUACCGGUCCGAGGGCUCGCUGGGCGGAUCAUCUGACUGUCUGGACCCGCUCUUUGAGCCCUUCCUCGACUCCCCUGAUCAUUCCAGUCUGUUUGGAGAAGAGGGCCCCGGGGGACCCAGCUGCUUGGCCCCCUUCAGCCGGCAGAACAGAUCCUCCUAUGGACACGCUGCUCCUGUGUGUGGCGCUGUGACAGGUCGUCAGAGCGGCGCCGGCGGUGGGGUACGUUGUCUUGGAGACAGUUACUACAUGUCCGCUGACGUCAGCCAGUUUGAGCCACAUGACAUUGUGCUCAUGGCCUACAAACAUCAAGUCGUCAUUCACGCCGAGAAGGUAUUGGAUGAUGGCAGCAUCAGCGACACAUUCACCCAUAAGUCCUUGUUCCCGGAGGAUAUGGACCCCCUGUCGGUCAGUGGAACCCUAAACCCUGAUGGCACCCUGGUGGUGUGUGUCCGCCGGUCCUCAGCGCUCAGUGGGCCGGAGCCCCUGGGUGAUCCCACCUACCGCUGUGAAGCUAAUCUUUGAUGUUUAGUCUCAUAGUACUUUCAUGGUUUCUUUUUACAUUAUUACUUUGUUUUGGAGUUGUCAGUGAGGUACUCUCACCUAUCAAUUCAAUAAUGGAUCUAGAAUUUAUACAGUCUGUGAAUGACAAAUCAUAUCUGUCCUCCAAGUCUGUCCAUCUGUUUGUCCAACACAUUGAUAAUAUCUCAACAAGUGCUCAUCACAUUGCCAUGACAUUAAAUGUUAAUAUGAAUGUAUUAUCAUUUAUAUCCAUGGUGGCGACCCCUUGACUUUUUGCUGGCACCAGUUUGUCGUUUUCCAUUUAUUGAUGAUGUCAUCUGUUGUAAAUCUACUUGGCAGAUUGUUAAGUGUAUUAUGUCAUGAUGUUAUUGUAGAUAGAGGAAAUAAAAGGACAUUUAUUUAAAAAAGUUUA